AUGUCCGACAAGAUGCAGUCUAGCCAAACGCCGCCUAAUGGCACUCAGAGGUCAAACGGCAGUGUCAGCGGCCCCUCACCCGGUGGAGGUGCUGGGCCGACGCCAAACCCCCGGUCGUGCGUUACCUGCCGCAGGCGCAAGGUCAAAUGCGACAAAAAGAGCCCGUGUUCCAACUGUGUACGCGCCAAAAUCGAAUGUAUUUUCCCUGGGCCUGGCCGCGCCCCACGAAAGAGCAGAAAACCACCCGAUGCCGAGUUGUUGGAGAGGCUGCGGCGCUUGGAGGGUGUCGUCACCACUCUGAAUGCCCAGGUCGAAGGCCAUGAGCAGGAGGCGGCCGACCGCGAGAGGGAGCGACAGAACAGUACAAGUGAAGAAGGAGGAUGUCCGAACGCGCAGCCCAACGUCCCAUGGCCUCCUAAGCAGCAUGGCGCAAGAGUCGAAACCGACAACAGCGUCGAGGGUCUCGAGAACCGUUUCGGACGGCUUGUGGUUGAGAAAGGCCGGAGUCGCUAUAUCAACAAUAGCUUCUGGGCCUCUUUGAAUAACGAGGUCGAAGAUCUCAAGUCGAUACUUAUCGAGCCAUCUGACGACGAAGACGACGUGCCCUCACCCGAAUCCUCCAACAUGUCUUCGCAUCAGAGCUUCAUCUUCGGCUACAAUUCCUCCAAUGUCGACAUGCACACGCUGCACCCUUCAGAGCGACAAGCGCGCGAUUUCUGGGAAGUCUACAAGGACCAUGUCGAGUCUCUGGUCAAAGUGCUGCACGUUCCUAGUUUCGAACCUGUCGUGUUUGAAGCCUUUGCACAGGUCGACAAAGUGAGCAAGGGAAUGGAAACGCUCUUGUUUGCCAUAUACUAUGGCGCUGUAACAAGCACGACCCAGGAAGCCUGUCUGGAAAGGUGGGGUGAGGACCGAGGUACACUACUCAAUAGAUAUCGGUUUGGUCUGGAACAGGCGCUGGCAAGGGCAAACUUCCUCUACUGCGACGAGAUCAUCAUCCUUCAAUCGUUUGUUAUCUUCCUUGUCUUGCUGCGUCGGAACGAUGACGCGCGCAAGAUUUGGACCCUGACUGGCUUGGCCGUACGCAUUGCACAGACGCUUGGUGUACACCGAGAUGGCAGUCACUUUGAUCUGCCGCCAUUCGAAAUCGAAAUGCGCAGGCGGCUUUGGUGGCAGGUCUGCAUUCUCGAUGCGCGAUCUUCAGAAGAUCACGGUUGCGAUCCCACCAUUGUCGAAGCCCAGUUUGACACCAAAAUGCCACUAAACGUCAACGACACCGAUCUACACCCCGACAUGACCGAGUUCCCCGAAGAGCGCCAGGGCUUCACAGACAUGACCUUCUGCCUCCUCCGCUUCGAAAUCGCUCACAUCUUCCGCCGUAUCGUCUACGUGCCGCCGGGACCUAACAAAUGCACCGAAUACUUCUCUGGCUUGACGAUCGAGCAGAAGGAGAAAUGGAUUACCGACGCUCACCAGGCAAUGGAAAACAAAUACCUCAAGAACUGCGAUAUGACUAUACCGAUUUGUUGGGUUACGGCGACCAUCUCGAGACUCAUCAUGAGCAAAAUGUGGUUGGUUGUGUAUCACCCACAUCAGCGAAAAGACGGAGGCGCAACGUUGCCUCAAGAAACCAAGGACAAACUCUUCAUCACCUCGCUUGAGAACGUGGAGUACUCCAUCCUGCUCGAGACCGAAGCGCGUACUAUGAAAUGGGGCUGGCUCUUCCGCACCUAUGUCCAGUGGCACGCCAUUGCCUUCCUACUUUCCGAACUGUGUGUCCGUACCAAAGGCGAGGCUGUAGAGCGCGCAUGGAGAGCUCUAGAAGCGACUGCUGGUCGUUGGUGGUUCCCGCUCAAUGACACUUCACCGCUUCGUAAAGGACAACAAGGAACUCUAUGGAAACCGCUACGAAAACUCCUUACGAAAGCAAGAGCAGCGCGGGAACGAGAAUUAGCUCUCGAGCGGGCUAGCUUGGCUCUCCGGAAUGGACAAUUCUCCAACAGCCCAUUUGCUUUCCAAGGCCUAAAUGCGCUAAACCGGGCGGAUCAGCCAUCAGUGACCGCAGCUCAACAGGAAGCCCAUAUCUUAGACAGCAUGUUGCGACCCUCGGCACCGAAACUGGGUGAAAUGCCCAGUGCUGAACUUCCGAGUUGGCCUAGCAGCCCAAUGCAAGCCAAGUCACGAACCAACUCGCUGCAAAACGGAAACGGCUUGAAUCAGCAACGGCCAUUGCCAAAUGGACAGUCAAAUAGCGCAAAAGGCAACAGCACUAGCCCCGGAAAGGAGUUCGGAGAAUUGUUCGAAUACGGCCUCGAUAAUGUGAUCAACGAUGUUAUGGGCUCCGGCGGAGUACUCGAUGGUACAACCUUGAACUGGCCCGCCUAUACUCCCACAACUAUGACUUCACAACCUCCUACUUCGAACACCACCUCAAUACAUUCAUACGGUACACAUGGAACAAAUCCGCCCACAGUUGCAAAUGGCUACCCCACAUUCGGUGACGGCAUGCUCCCGACGACCAGCAUGGAUUUCAACAUCGAUAACAAUGGGACUGCUGGGCUGAAUGAUGUCAACGGUGGCAAUCGGCAGCAGCAAGUUGAAGAUGCCGCUAUGGUGGAUGACGGAGAUAUGGACUGGACACUUUGGGACGACAUGGUCAGUCAGUAUGGGAUUGAGGGGAAUCCAACGAAUUCAAUGAAUCCGGCUAGUACGGCUGGGCAUGGCACUCUAGGUCUCGUUCCCUGGUUUUAA